GCUCGGCUGGAAGCGGUGUUCAAGAUCCGCCAGCUCAGCCGGGAGUGGAGAAAAUCCUUAAAGGGAUUCGAGUGGCUGACCGAGAAGGACAUGAUGGCACUCGGUUGGCCGGAGAAGAAGGUGCAGGGUGCCGUAGCGCACUGCGAAAAGCACAAGCUCUACAAGAAGUGCCCGUAUGAAGGCUUGUGGCUGAGUGCCGGUGCAUGCAUUUUUCUAUUCCAUCCUCAGUCACCAGGCACUUUUGAUGAAAGCUUCGACAUCAGCCUGGGUGUGGGAGACCUCAUGUUGGAGGACGAGGACGAGAAGCCGCUGGAUGGUAAUGCCAAGAAGAAGAACCUUGCAGCGCUGCCGGAGAUUGAUGGGGACGAAAGCCUGGUCGAUUACCUCUCAAAGUUCAAGCGAGCAUGCUUGAGCAAAAAAACUCUCCUCCGUGACGUGGAGGAUAGGUCCGAUCUCAAGCGCUUGCAGGAUGAGAAUGGUUGCUUGAAUGGCCUGUACCAGAAACUCUGUGACCAAGAGCUGAAACUGAAGGACUUCAAUGACACCACUACGCAGAUCAAGGAUUCGCUCCUCCGCUUCGCGAAUGCUGCCAAUGCCUGUAAGUCUGGAGCUAAGUCCUACCUGCGCAAGCAAGCACCGAAGGGCAAGGCCAAGGCCAAAACUGCAGCGAAGAAAGAAGAUGGUGCCAAUGUCGUGGAGAGUGUGCUCAAGACCUACCUGGCUCACAAUGCUGCUGAAGCUUCGUCAAUGGCAUUCCAGAAUGCAAGUACAAUGGAGCCGGGGGAUGUCUGGCACAGCACACUUGUUCAGUUGGGCAUGGCUCACGAGUCCACUGCUGAUAAAGAGACUGUCUUUUUGAACAAUGUUGAGAAACUGGGAUUAACUUUGGCAGCAAAAAUAGUCAUGAAGGUUAUUGACUUCCCAGAUGGACGGAGGCAGCAUCCUGUUCUUCCAAUGAAAGGCCUGGCGAUGGAGAUUCUCAAGGAUUAUCCAAAGUUACUUUUGUUUGGUCAUGAUUAUACAGAGAUGCAGCAGGUGGAAGCUGGGUUAUCUGAGUUUUGGGCACGUUUCCGCCACACGUGGCCUGAACAUGAUGUCUUUACCACUCAUGCCCACCGCCUAUCUCGCUGCAUACCUUGCCGAAUGCAUGCUGAUGAAGGGACUUCCUUCAGGCGAGCUGCCAUCUAUCAGCAGAGUUGGGGUCCUGUUAUGAAAGCUGGGCCUGCAAGUGGACUUCACUGCUUCUUCUAUGCAGCUAUGUUGGCAGACGAGUACAAGGAUGCCAAUGUCGGCUUCGGGCAUGGGAACAGAACGCUGGACAGUUUGCUGCAGCACUUCAUCGAGGACGCGCACGACUGUUACUGCAACGGGGUGCCAUCAAGGAAUGGACGGUUCUACAUUGUGAUGAUUCGGCUCGAGGGCGACUUGCCGAUGCAGGCUAAAUUAUCGCAUUCAGGUCGCAAUUUCACAAACGACCCCAACCCUAUAUGUCCGUGGUGCCUUGCGGACGGGAAAGACAUACCAUAUGGUGAUUUCAGAAGGACCGCUGGCUGGCGAUCAACGAUUGCUGUGGAAGCGCCCUGGAUGACAUGGUCUCCUUUACAUGCUCUACCGGGCGGUGCGGAUGUGCGGUUCAUAUCGAAAGACUUGUUCCAUAUCUCCCAUUUGGGCAUCACCCGGACCUGUGUUGCAUCUGUGAUAUGCUUUCUGGUCACGAUAGGGCAUUUCCGACCGUGGGAUGGUGGUUCAUCGGUACCGGCAUGCCUGCAGGAAGCCUACAAGGAGUUCUCCCACUACUGCAAGCAUGUUUUGCAUGAGACACCAGAUGUGAAGACUUUUACUCGUGAGAACUUGCACUGGUCAUCCAGGGCGAAGAUGCCAGAGACAUCUUGGCCCUGGCUUUUUGAUGCAACGACCGAGCAUGUAUUCGAUUUGAUAACAGCUUUGGAUGACUUCCACCGCCUCUGCUAUGUGCAGUGCGACAGAAUCUGGAUGAGUGCGGUGGAGAUGAAGUGUGCUGGAGCGCUCUUGUCUCGCUUCAUCUUUUCGUACAGCAUGGCGGCUCAGAAGUGCCAUGCAGAGGGAAUGCUGUUCUUCAAUAUAACACCAAAGUACCAUUAUUUGAUGCACAUGGAGCACGAGUUGAGGACUUCGAUGGGCCACAGCUGGGGUUUUAAUCCUGCGUGCUUCGCCACGCAAAUGGAUGAGGAUUAUAUGGGUGUCUCCAGCCGAAUGAGCCGUGCUGCUCAUCCACUUGGUGCUGCUCGCCGAACGGCACAAAG